GACCGCCGCUGGAUGCGACCGUCUAAGACAAUUCUGUAUCAACAAACAGCGCUUACAAGUACACAGCACCCUGCUAACUAGUAUUGUGCGCGCUGAGUGCUGCAAUAGUCUGAAAUUACAAGUUCUGCGACCUCAGGCACCCUGUCCACUAUGAGCAUUAAGGUAGCAAUGUCAAAUCGACACAGGCAAUAAGGUUUAUCAAAAUGCAGCCCAAAUAGUUGAGAGCCUCCUAUGGCCUCGCCCGUUCGGCGUGGAGGCCCUUUCGCGCCCCCGCGCACCAGCGUUGCAAGGAUAUCUGAAUGCAACAUUGACUUAGUCGACGACAAGACUGGGCAGCCUGGGACUACUCACACACGGGGAUAUGGUAGCAACAGCAGAGUAUCUACAACUGGAGCGGGGGCAACUGCCAUCACCCAUCCCCCGGGCAUCGCGCUCGAAGAUCGUGCCGGAGAACUCGGGAACCUUGGAGUAUGCGGGCAGUGGCCAGUUGUCGCGAUUGCAGCUGCCCCCGGGCUCGCCCCUCGUAGGCACACCCACUGGCAGCCGCUGUGGCAGCAGGAACUGGGAUGCCCUGCCCGGCAUUGAGGCGCAGCAGCCGCAGCAGCAGCUUUCGGCUCCUCUAUUGCUGAUGGCUCCCCAACCGCUGCUGGCAUCCCCGUCCCUUACCGGCGGGCAACGGCUGGCGACGCGAUCUGAAUCCCAGAGCAUUUCCGGCUACUCUCCCACGACAACGCCUGCCCCGCCGCCCGCGCCCACGACUCCAGCGGGCAUCGUUAUGGUGAAAAACAACGUCACGCUCGUUGUUCACCACUACGUGAAAGAGCCCGACUCCGACGACACGGACAUUGAGGAGGAGCGCGGCAGCAACAACAGCUCCAACUGCUCCAGCGAUAGCGAGACGAACCUGCCGGCGGCGCCGCCGCGGCCGUCCGCGUUCUUGCACUGCAUGGCGGUCAUCUGCUGCAUGGCGCCGGCAAAGCCGCAGCGGCGGAGCCGCCGGCGCAGCCGCCGGCCGUCCACACUCAUGAGCGCCACCGAAGCCCAGAUGGCGGGCCACGUGAUUGGGCCGCAGGCCACCGCGGUCGAUUUCGUCCGCAAGUGGGCGGUGGCGCAAGCGGUGACGCCCAUACCCGCGCUCAAGCGCUCCAACAGCGCCAACAACAUCAUGCCGCUAGCGCAGACGCCGCUGGAGCACACGCCGCUGGCAAUCUCGCGCGCCGGCACGGUCGGAGGCAUGGCGGCCGAGCGGCCCGAUACGGGCUACUCGGCGGGCUACUCCGCCGGCUCGCGGUUUUCGUCCUACUCCAUACCCCCGGAGGGCAGCUCGCCGCUGCCGCGCUCCAACUCGUUGCGCUCGCCAGCGGACGUGCGCCUGUCUGACCUGGGAACGCCAGUGGCUUACGGUGGCGGCGGGCCCGCGCCUACGAGCGCCACAGACGCGGUGGGCUGGAGCUUCAUGGGGGCACCGGGUGCUGGCGGCGGCGGCGGCGGCGGAACAGGUGUGGCUGGCGGCAGCCCACCGUCCGGCGGCGGCCUCCGGGUCGCUGGCGACAGCCUUGCGCUCUCCACCAUUAGCAGCUUCAGCGGCCAUCUGUCUUCCGGGAGGCCCUCCGCCACGCAGGCGCCUGUGCUGAUUGCGAGCGGCCUGGUGCAGUGCUUUCAGCAGCAGCUGGAGCAACGGGCGGCAGCGGGCGCAGUGGCGCCGGCCCAAGGCGGUGUGGCGACGGCAGCACAGCAGCAGCACCAACAACAGCAGCGGCAGCAGCCACGUCGGACAGGGACCAGCAGCACGACCGGGGCGGGCAGCAGCAGCUGUCGCACGACAAGCUACAAGCGCACUGUGAGGUGGCACUGAUGCAUCUACUCUGCCCUGAUCUCUACAUGCGCGCUGGCAGCGCGUUAGGUCACGAUAAGUAACUGGAAGGAAGGUGCGCGCACCGCGAGGGUGCGUGCAAAAUGAUUGGGCUCGAAGAUAGUUUUCGUGAGCGAUUCUUUGUGUGGGUGGCUUUUCUUGUUUCGUGUGAGCGUGCUCGUGUCGUUGGGUGCGGUCACCAGUUGGUCAGCGCGCGCCUCACCGGUGUAAACUCAACUUCGACGGCGUGCAGACGCUGUUCGUGUCUUUUAAUGAGGUUCCCAAUAAGACUUGUAUGUUAUCGAUACCUACAAUGUAUAUUUGAGGUAUAGGAAACGAGGGAUUGUGCCGUGAAAGCAAAGGGCGGCCGGAAGUGCAGCCUCGUGCAGCAGGCAGGGAGCUCCGGCGCUCAUCUUAACAACGUAUGAAACCUCAACUUUGUUUAAAUACAAUGACAUGUACAUUUUCAUGGUUCUGUUAUAAGGUGGAUAACAAAGACGUGCAGAAGAGGAUCCGGCAGGUGGGCUUUGCUGUUGGCGCUUUCACCAGGUCCCUGCAACCCGUUGGGUCGGGGUCCCUUGACUGAUCGUGCAUGUUUUAUACGGCUCUAGAGCGUGUCUAGUAUCAUUUGAAGGUGUUCAUUGACGGUUUCACGGUUCAUUGAAGCACUCUGACGGACGGCAUCUGAGUUACCGAAAAUGGUAUAACAAAGCGAUUACCAGCUGAGUUGCCGGGCGGGGUCAUAUGUGCAUCUGACACGUUCGCCCGGCUCAAUCUUGGCGUCAGAGG